GCGUUCUACAAAACUCUCUGUCCGCCGGUUGUCUCGACGUUCCUAUCGUUCUGUUUGCGCGAAUAUCGUUUCGUUAAAGAAAAGAUGCCAGUGAAACUAGUAACCGAUGAUGCUCGUUUUCAAGCGGAAUUAUCGAACUCUGGAGCUAGUCUUGUCAUAGUGGAUUUUACAGCGAGUUGGUGUGGGCCCUGUCAGAGGAUGGCACCCGUGUUCGAGUCCCUAAGCAACAAGUACACGCAAGCAGUGUUCCUGAAAGUGGACAUUGACCAAUGUCAAGAAAUCGCUGCUGCUCAGGGCGUGAGCGCCGUGCCCACGUUCGUUUUCUUCCGGGCCAAGGCGAAACUAACCACUCUGCGAGGUGCCGACCCGAACACCCUCGAAGCCAAGAUCCAGGAGCUGCUGAGUUCGGAGCCUCCGGAGGGAGCUCCCACCGAGAAGGUCCAAGGCCAUGUUGACAUGUCAACAUUCUUCGAUCGCAGUGCUCAGGAAUGCUUAAAUGAGUCUGAUGACCACCCUCUUUCUGGCUGCCUGUCGUCAGGAGAUGGAUAUCUGGAAUCCGAUUGUGAUGAGCAACUAAUAAUUUCUCUAGGAUUCACACAGCCCGUGAAACUCCACUCCAUCAAGUUUCAAGCACCUAGUGCCAUGGGUCCCAAGACUGUCAAGUUGUUCAUCAACCAGCCCAGGACUCUUGGAUUUGACCAAGCGAUUGGAAUGGAGGCAGUGCAAACACUUGAGCUCACUGGUAAGGACGUUGAGGAGGGAACAGUGAUGCCUCUGCGUUUCGUGAAGUUCCAGAAUGUGCAGAACCUACAGAUCUUUAUCAAGGACAACCAGACAGGAACAGAAACCACACGCAUCAACUACCUAGUGAUCUAUGGCAGCCCAAUCAAUGCUACGAACAUGGGAGAUUUCAAACGGGUGGCUGGAAAGAAAGGAGAAAGUCAUUAGGAAGCAAGAAGAACAUGCCUUACACUGGAGUGGCCUUGUGAUUUACUGCUUUGCUUUAGUACGCAAUAUUUGGGGGCUCGAGAAGCAUCACCCAGAGCAGGAUUUUCGACAUGGCAUCGACUCAGGAAAGGGUGCCACAGAAACUCAUUCUGAUGCACAUGUACAUUUGAUGCUAAAAUAAAGCGUUUUUCAGGGGCUUCAA